CGAAGAUAACUUUGGACAAAAGAUGUUGACCUCCACCCCUCUGUCUCUCUUCGUGGGUGAACCAUAAAAAUAAAUACAAUCUCUCCUUUUACCGCCUCUCUCUCUCACACCAUUUCAUCUCUCUCUCUCUCUCCCUCAAAAACUUUUCUCAGUUAAAAGUUCUCCGGCGGCUUUAAAGCUAUGUGAAGGAGUGUGAACCUCUAGAACAAGAAGCAUUAAUUCUUUCAGUUUUCCGGCGGCGGAGGAACAUAAAAGCCACCGGUUUUUGGACUUACAUAUUUCAUUUUCAGUUGUUAAAUGGUACUUAGAGAAACAAAGAUGAUGUCAGAGAGAGAAGUGGAGUCGUCGACGGCGCAGACAAGACAGAAUGGAGUAGGAGGUGGUGAGAAUCAUCAUCCGUUUUCUUCGUUGGGACGACAAUCCUCAAUCUACUCACUGACACUCGACGAGUUCCAACAUGCUCUAUGUGAGAACGGCAAGAACUUCGGGUCUAUGAACAUGGACGAGUUUCUCGUCUCUAUUUGGAACGCAGAGGAGAAUAAUAACAGUCAGCAAGCAGCAGCAGCUUCUCAUUCUGUCCCGCCUAAUCCCAAUGGUUUCAACAACAACAACAACAAUGGAGGCGAGAGCGGUGUUGGCGUCUUUGGUGGUGGUUCUACGGGCAACGAAGGGGCUAAUAAUAGUAACAACAAUAAGAGAGGGAUAGCGAAGCAGCCGAGUCUUCCUCGUCAAGGCUCGUUAACACUUCCAGCUCCGCUUUGUAGGAAGACUGUUGAUGAGGUUUGGUCUGAGAUACAUAGAGGAGGAGGUGGUGGUGGAGAAGGAGACAGCAAUGGACGUAGUAGUAAUAGUAAUAAUGGUCAAAACAAUGCUCAGAACGGCGGUGAGACUGCGGCUAGACAACCGACUUUUGGGGAGAUGACACUUGAGGACUUCUUAGUGAAGGCUGGUGUGGUCAGAGAACAUCCCACUAACCCCAAACCUAAUCCGAACCAAAGCCAAAACCAGAACCCUUCUAGUGUUAUACCCGCAGCAGCGCAGCAACAACUCUAUGGUGUGUUUCAAGGAACCGGUGAUCCUACUUUUCCUGGUCAGGCCAUGGGUGUAGGUGACCCAUCAGGUUAUGGUAAAAGGGCAGGAGGAGGAGGGUAUCAGCAGGCGCCACCGGUUCAGGCAGGGGUAUGUUAUGGAGGCGGUGGUGGGUUUGGAGCAGGUGGCCAGCAAAUGGGGAUGGUUGGACCGCUAAGCCCUGUGUCAUCAGACGGAUUAGGACAUGGACAAGUAGAUAACAUAGGAGGCCAGUAUGGAGUGGAUAUGGGAGGGUUAAGAGGAAGGAAGAGAGUAGCGGAUGGUCCAGUGGAGAAAGUAGUGGAGCGAAGGCAGAGGAGGAUGAUCAAGAACCGCGAGUCAGCUGCGAGGUCUAGAGCAAGGAAACAAGCCUAUACAGUGGAAUUGGAAGCUGAACUGAACCAGUUGAAAGAAGAGAACGCUCAGCUAAAACAUGCAUUGGCGGAGUUGGAGAGAAAGAGGAAGCAACAGUAUUUUGAGAGCUUGAAGACGAGGGCACAACCGAAACUGCCGAAACCGAAUGGGAGAUUGAGGGCAUUGAUGAGGAACCCGAGUUGCCCACUCUAAGCAAAACAAUAGAAAGAUGAAGUCGUCGAGACACAGAGCAAGGGAAAACUGAUGGUCUCUAGGUUUGUUGUUUUGUCUUUGAGGAAUGAGGUUAUAGAAUCUUUACUUUGAUGUUUUCGGUGUUGGUAGGAGGAACACAUUGUCUGAUCUUCUUUUACUACUGUUCCUUGUGAACAAGAAAGUGAUUCUGUGUUUCAGACAUCAUAAAAUCUUUGGGAAAUAUAACAAGUGUUCUGUCGCCAGA